AUGCAUCUCUCCCGCCUCACCCCCAUCUUCCUCCUCAACCUCGCAGCAGCAUCCCCGGGCUGCCGCAACAACCUCUGCGCCGGCACUCCCUGCCCAGCUCCAAGCUCCUGCACAACCUACAGCCAAACCCUAACAACCUGCAUCCCCGCCCCAACCUGUCUCUCUGUCUACCGACUGCUCCUUCGGCACGGGGCUAACCUGCUGCUCCGGGUACUGCGCCGCGACCAAAUGCCGGCCCACGGAUCCGAAGUGGCCGGCCUGCGCCGAGGAUUUCCAGCUGUGUGA